UAACUUUCACGAAACCGAACAUUUUAAUUUUGUUACGUUUAUGGUUUUAAUUACGGUUUCUUAAGGAGUAUGGGAUACGUAAAACAAAUUAUCAGGUGAAUAGUUGUUGGAAUAUUUACUCUUUUAUGUGUACCGAUGUUUUAUAUGCUUAAAAAGAAGUUAUCAUUUGGGCGCAUGCGUUUGUGCAGUGCAUUCGAAACUUUCUCAAGCAAUGUAAAUGAUUGAGCGGCGGAGGACGUACUUAGAGAAGUAUUGGAGGUGCAGUAGGUGAGGAGAAGGAGCAGGAGAGUGGCGGUGUUGUUUUCGGAGCAACAGUCAGAGUUGAAAGUACAUUACUGGCAGACACAACAUUCCCUGCCUAAACAGCAGCAGCUACUGCGUUCAUCUUUAACUUACUUAUACAUUAACAGCUGCAGUCUAAGAAUAAGAAUAGACAGUAGAUACCAUUCAAAAUGUUGCAAUCUGGGACAAAAUGUUACAAGUGCAACGGCAUUGGGCACUAUGCCCGAGAAUGUCACAACUUGGGAAACAUCCCAAGUGGUCGUGGCCCUAAUGGCCAUGGCAGUAGUGGUGGAGGCGCCAGUGGUGGUGGCAGUAUGAACCGUGGCCGGGGAUCCUCGGGUGGUGGACGAAUGAAAAGAUAUGGAAACAUAACGAAAUGCUACAAGUGCAACCGCCCUGGGCACUUUGCUCGUGACUGCAAAGAGUCCGAGGACCACUGCUACCGCUGCGAUGGUGUGGGGCAUAUCGCCCGCGACUGCUCUGUGGCUCCUGCCGAGCGAGACUCCUCGCCUCCCGGUGGUGGAAGCAGCAGCGGCGGAGGAGGAGGUGGUGGUGGUGGCGGCAGCAGUUUCGGUGCCACUUGCUACAACUGCUCCAAGCCCGGCCAUCUGGCGCGCGAGUGUCCCGAGACUGACCGUCUAUGUUACGUGUGCAACGAGGCCGGUCACAUCAGCCGUGACUGUACAAUGAACAAGAACGACUCAUCUAGCCAGUCGUCGUCACGCAUGGCUCCUUCGUGCUACAACUGCUCUAAGCCUGGACACUUGGCACGCGAGUGCCCGGAGCCCGAGCGUCUGUGCUACGUGUGCAACAAGUCCGGACACAUUGGACGUCAGUGCACCAUGAACAAGAAUGAGUAUGGUGGUGAUGGUGGACGUGACGGCGGACGUAGUGGAGGUGGAGGUCGCAGUGGAGCCAAGUGCUAUGUGUGUGGAAAAAUUGGGCACAUCUCGCACGAGUGUCCCGUUGGGGGAGAUGAGAGCGACAAGCGCUGCUACAACUGUGGGGGCACCGGCCAUCUCUCCAGGGAUUGUUCUCAGGGAGGGUCUGACGCUGCCUGCUUCAAAUGCAGCAGCAAAGGCCACAUUGCUCGCAACUGCCCCAAGUGCUACGCUUGCGGCGACUUCGGCCACAUGGCCCGCGACUGCGAGACUGCCGCUUAGAACGCAGCCCUUCUUAGAACGCCAACUUGUGUGGAGAUGAAAGAAAAAACAAGGACCUUUAGUCCACACACCGAAGACCUUACACUACUCCAGAUGUCGAAGUUGCUGAGAUUUGUCUCGUCUACUUUUGGAGAUUUAUAAUUUCCAAGAACAAUUUCUCUGUCAUGAGACAAAUAAUCUAUAGCUGUGGCGUCUUGUGUCGAGUGUAAUGUCUUCAAACACCUCCGAUCACCUCACCAGUCUCCCACUACACAUCACAUUUAUUUCCAUAGGAGGUGUUCUCUUUUCAGCUCUGCAUUCUUUGUGUGCGUGAGCGCAAGAUUUGUUAUAAAGUGUUGUAUCUGUUCUUAUUCUAUAGAUCGCGAUUGCAGUUAUGUCAAGAUCAUUGAAGGCAGGAGCACCUUUGUGGUUGCGGGACAUGGACUAGAAGAUAGUGUGGUGUUGCGGAGCGUUCCUGUUAGUGUCUCCUCAUGAAUUUAAGUGCCCUUUGUUCUAAUAUUCUUCUAUAAAACGCCUAUGUCAAAUCAGCGUCAUAUUUGGAUAAUUAAGACUGCAAUGAUCUCAUCCCUUGUUAUUGGAAAUAACUGAGAUGUGUAGGAAGUUUUUUUGAUUGGACGAUGUGAAGUAAUGCGAGGCGCACUCGUUCAAUUAUGAUAAAGCUCAUUUAUAUUAGAAUAGACAAAAGAAAGGAAUCCCACGUCCUUGAAAGUUUGGCUGCUGCUGCAGUCAUGUUGAAGCCUUCAGAAGAUCCAAUGCUGUUGCUACUGAAAACCCACCUCCGCUUCUCCUGCUACUUGGCGAUGGAGGAGGAAAGUGCUGGUGACUCGUUAACAAAAGAUGACUGGUGACUUUAGAGCGCGAUUUUCUUGUUUCUUGAUGUGACUGCAAUCACUUAUAAGUGUUAGGGAUUCAAAUAAUGUUGGAGAGCAAUGAAUGGUCGAUAAAUUUUCUGUAGUCUCAGUUUUGACGGAAAUUGAAACUGCUUUUGACAAUCAGACAUCUCUUCUUCAUUUAGAGUUAUUUGCAGGCGCUCGUUUGACAGGAUUCAGGACUGCAGCUUUGGUGUAUGCAGCAAUGUUCACCUUCAUUGCACGAAAACUUUAUUCAUCUGCAAUCUUCCUUCUCUCGUCAUGAAGUCACUUUUUGUGACAUUUCAGUUGUUCAUACCGUUUCACUCGAGUGCUGCCGCGAUACGGGGUGACUUGAACCAUUUUUAGCGCUUACCUUUUUGUGAUACACAUAGUCAAAUAGUAAAUAUAUAAAGUACGUCUCUAUUGUAUUUGUAGUUUAUCUCGUGGUACUUCUAGGGUCAUCAACACAAUUUUUCUCUGGCAAGAACUUUUUAAGUUAUAGGGUUUUCUUGUCUUGAAGUCAAAACGGUCCAAGUCACCCCGUGUAAGGUACUUCGUCGUAGAAUGCGGUGAUCACCAAGGUUGUGUAUUUCAAGCCAAAGCAUUCGGCUGUGGAUUAUUCUCUCUAAUUCAACAAUCCUUUAAGUCGUAAAAUUCGCAGUGACGUGGCAGAACAGACUUCCGAACUUCCUUCAUCAUCUCAUUACCUGCUUCCUCCUACGUUUUUGUUGUCGUUAGAUCUGCUGUUACCUUUGACGAGACAACAUUUUUAUCUGUGCGUUGUUUGUUAAUAUUGAUGGUUUAUAUCCGUUGAUUUUGUUUAAAAUCUGAACCUUUUCACUGGAUUUCAGUUUCCAAGAAAUGUUGUCGUAACACGGAAGAACAAUGCUUUCUCCCUGUAGUAUUGUGAUGGACUGAUGGUGCUCUUCUCACUCUGCCUCUUCAAAAUAUCUUUUAAAAAUAGAAACUUUCGAUGAAUAUGACAAUGCAUUGUCAAUGGGCUUCUGUUUACUUUUUUGUUUGAAAUCGUAUUUUGGGUUUAGUGUUGAUUACGUUUAACCUCAGCAUUGAAGUUGGAUUUUUCAUUUCUUGUUGGAGUUUGUAGACCUAAACGUAUACAUUUACGUCGUUGAUGCAUCGUGUUCCGCGAAACUGGACUUGCUUAUUCUAUGAUCUUGACUUAUCGGUAGACGUUUUGUUCAGCCAAGCAUUCUAGUGUAAAGAAAUCCCGAACCUGAAGUGUAGAACAAUAUUGGAUCAAUUCUAAUAAAUGCCUUGAUAUAGCCAGGUCCUCAUUAAUUUCUGGCCUGCGUGGAUGGAAAUGAAAUGAAAAUAUUCUGCGCUAUGAUUUAAUUUGUGUGUCUGUAGAGUAAUGAGUGAAAUUUGACAGGAACAUACCGCUUGUUAUUGUAGUAUUUGUGUCUCAUUUAAGCAGUUAUACAACUUUAUGAAGUGAAGAAAAAGAUCGCCAUUUACCACUCGUUGAAAUCGGUAGCCACGCUACGACGCUCACCAAUUAAUGUUUUAGUUUAAUUAUACUUGCAUUGUGCUAAAAUCCUGGCAAAUUAGAACUUCUUAAAGCCGCUUUUCUUGGUCCGUGUUAACAGACCAUCCCUUUUGAGGUCUACAGGUUUUCGUACUACUGUCACUUGAAUGUAUUGAAUGUAUCGAGAUGAUUCUUGAAACUUCUUGGCCUCAACACUGGGCUCAUCCGCUCAUGGCGUCUGUGUCCCGUCAAUGUGCGUAAUGAGACGUUGGUGUGCUCAAAGAAAGUGCAGAGCGUCAUUUGGCAACCUGGUUCUCACCAUUGUAUUGUCAUUGGUAGUCCACGAAUGAGUAGAUUCAAUUAUGUCUAUGAAUCCGAUCUUGUUUUGAGGCUGCGAUACACAAUGUUGGCAUACUAAUGGUUGAAAAGGGUCGUGAUGGGUUGUUCGUAAUGCAAAGGUGACUUCAUUUUUAUUUACUAAGCUUAUCUUAUAAGAUGAAAUUUUUCACCGUAGUGAUGUGUUUCUGGCUUCUUCUAAUGGAGGCUUGUUCCUUGGAAGUGAGAUUUGUGGUGGACUUGGAUGGAAAUGAGACUUCCUUGAGGGGCUUCAUCACCGUUAAAUGAAACUUUUUUGUCGCUGUAGAAAUGUUAUCUCGAUUAGUUCUCCUGCUCAGCUUCCUAGUACUCUAAUAGGGAUGCCAUUUGCCUAAUCUUUGUCCAUUAUAAAGUUCUCCAACAA